AUGGACCAAACGAGGUCACCGAGCCGCAGCCUCACUUGUGCGGUUUGCCUCGACCUGAUCCCAAAGCGCCUACCCACCAAUAGAUGGCGAUUUAAAGUCGCAGAGAAUCUGCUAAUCGAAAGCGUCCUUCCUUUCGUAUUCUCGGAUCUAGAAGUUUCCAGUCAAACGUGCGUGUUCUGCUUGGUGAUCAAGGAUGGGAUUGAGAUCAUGAGUCGCGGGGUAUUAGGUGCUAAAUUGAGGGGGUUGGGCGAUAGAGAAGCUUCUAUUAUCGUGCAGAAUAAUAGGCUGAUUGAGGUGAAGGUUCUUGGUAAAGGUGGGAACGAGGAGGAAUCUGUGAGGAUGCAGUUUUUUGUGAAGGAUGGUAAAUACAACCCAAAACUUGCCGUCUUUGGUACAGCCCGACAGAUCGCUUCCUUAGUUUCAUCAAAGUCACACUCUUCAUCGGUUCAGUCCUGGAUCACGUAUUGUCUCCAAAACCACAGUGCUUGUGGGCAAAGGACUAAAAGCGUACUGCCAACUCGACUCCUUGACAUAUCACCUCGUCUGGACUCCUCCGUCAUCCUAGUUACAACGCAAAGCUUGGCCAUUUCAUCCAACGUACCGUUAUAUGCAACGCUCUCCCACUGUUGGGGAAUCAAGCAUUUUAUUAAAACCACUCUAUCUAAUAUCCGCUCCUUCGCAACCAGCAUCCCAUUCGAUCAUCUGCCCCGCACAUUCCAGGAUGCCAUCUCCGUUGCCCAAGAGUUGGGCAUCAAGUAUAUCUGGAUCGACUCUCUCUGUAUUAUUCAAGACUCCAAAGAAGAUUGGAAACACGAGUCCGCACUCAUGGCUUCCGUUUACUUAAAUUCAUAUCUCAAUAUCGCAGCCACAGGUUCAUCUGACAGUUCACACGGAUUCCUUUCAUCCCGAGACCUGACGCACAAUUCUGUCUCAAUCCCCACUAAUAAGUCGGAAGGAAAUGGUGGAGAAGAAUCGGACGCUUUUGUGAGAACCUCUCUAAAUACAGUACACAAGCUUUACUCGACACCCAGCCAACUCGUACACUGGAGCUCAAUUGCAAAUGGGAAUAAUGAAGCUCCAUUACUUUCCCGAGCCUGGGUAUUUCAAGAACGGCACCUAGCACCCAGGACCCUGCACUUCCACCCCUCGGAACUAGUGAUGGAAUGCCGGGCAGGACUGCGCUGUGAAUGUACUGGCCUUGACUCCUUUACGUCCAACCCGUUGCGGAAUUUCGACGACAUGUCGUUCGCCUCUUGGUCUGCUGUCGUUGAGGAGUUUUCAAGACUGAAAUUGACGUAUCAGACUGAUAGACUGGAAGCAUUGACGGGUGUCGCAAAGGUGUUCUGGGAGAAGCUUGGUUGCAGGUACUUGAACGGUAUCUGGGAAGGCGAUCUGGCGAAAGGACUGUUAUGGAAUGUGACGCGCUGUGAGGCUUUCGAUGUCUCUUCUGAUAGGGUGAGAAGACAAGGCAAGGAAGUGGCUCCGACGUGGUCUUGGGCUAGCUUGGUUCUUGCUGGAAACAAGAUCUUUUUUCCAAUUGCUGAUGACCACUUAUUUCGUUCUGAUGAGCGAUUUGAGUUUCUGGACACAGAUCCUCCGCGAGACCCAUUACAGUCACAUUUCAGAAGUGAAAGUGGUGCUAUUUUGGUGAAGAGUGCUUUUGUGGAUGCCAUUGCUUGCUUUGUUGCUCGACAGGGCGAAGCGGAACAGGACGUCCUGUUGAUUUUCCAAGAAGAUUUCGAUGACACAGUGUUAAUAAGAACUUCAAUCAUAGAGAUGGAUGUCUCUAUCGACGUUGAGGAACCGCUGGCAGAUACUAUUUUGGAGGUAUCUUGUUUGCUUCUUGGGUCGGCGGAAGAAAAAGACUGGGAUACCAACCAACCAGUGAUAUAUAAUCAUAUGCUUGUCCUGCAACCGAGUUCUGAUAUCCAGGGUGCUUGGGAACGAAUUGGCAUUUUAAAUGUUAAAGAAGAGGUCGGAAUUCAUCUAGGGUUGGUGGAGAAGAUAUUCAAACUAGUGUAACUCGUGGAAGAUGCGGGAAAGACUAAAACGACACCCAGGGUGUCGAUUGGGGUGUCGAUUGGGGGCCAGGGUAUUUUGGGACCUUAAGUUAGAUUUUUAAAUAUAAGAGCUAGUUGUGACGGCUGGCGUAAGGGCAUGAUCUGCCAAGGACAGGAUAUCGGAAAUAGGCACAAAACGAAGCUAAGCCGGAAUUGCUUGGGCGGAACAAUACUAAAGGUCGAGGCAUCCUCCCUACUUUGUUCCAUAGCUUAGUAUUUUCCAAUACAUGAG